AUGAGACGCAACUUUCGAAAGGCAUAUCACAACAAGUCAAAGACCGGCUGUAGAACCUGCAGGUCGCGACGUGUCAAAUGUGACGAAGCGAAGCCGACCUGCAAUCGAUGCAAGUCGGCAGGGCAGUUGUGUGCUGGGUACGAGCCGCCAAAGAUAUGGCUAUUUCAACCGACUUCCAAUACAGCUCUUGUAACGAAUCAACAAGAGCGGAGAGCAAUCCAAUUCUUCCAGGAACAAACAAGUCCCAUUCUUGCGGCUUUCUCAAAGUUCACACUGCGCUUCUGGGAACAAUUCAUCUUACGUAUGGCUCAUGCAGAACCAGCAGUCCGGCACAUGAUGAUCGCACUUGCGACUCGGCAGGAAGCGGCGAGUUGCUCGCCUGAUGAGCUGUACAGUCUCUCUCGUUUACGGUCACAUGCAUUCUCCGAAGCGCUUCAUUUAUUGGUCCGACCACAACCUCAAAUUAGCACACUUGCAGUGUUGAUGUCCUGCCUUUUCAUGGUCGGAUAUGAAGCGUUCGAGGAUCCAAUGGAGAUGACGACGGCAAGUGUGAAACAUCUUGGAGCUGGACUUCGCAUACUCGAGGAUCAAUCAACAAUGGCUGCUCUGCCUGCGACCGACUCUCAUAACGAAGCUGUCCAUGUCUACCUCCAACCAAUGUAUCUACAGCUUGAAAUGAUGCUCUCUAUGUUGAACACACCAAUAGUGACCCACUGCCGGGGAGACUUGAACGACGAUCUAGAAAGACCUCGUCUUCCAAGUCACUUUCCGCAUUUAGUGGCUGCACGAGAUGCCUUCUACAAGAUCCUGCGAUGGCAUUUUGUGUUUCGGGCUCAAGGAGCAAAUGAGUGGACACCUCACAGCGCGGCAUUCAUCACUGUCCGAUCACUCUUUCUGGACUGGCACAGACUUAUAAUGAUGUACAAUGAUACGCUGCCCUUGACUGAUUUACCACAAAGGCGCGGCCUACUCAGCAUGGUCUCACAUUGGCGCACGUAUAUGGUGGCAUUGCUGCAUUCUGCAGACAUGGAACCAGGUGCUGUCGCUCGUAACGGUUCUCCGUAUCUACCCCAUGGUGGCCGCCUGAAAACCAGUCUAGUCAACUUGAUGCAUCCAGAUCACGUCAAAAUGACCUUUAUUGUGGACCAGCAGACGCUGCCAAUGUUGGAAAUCUGUGACUGGAGUGAUUCUGGCGUAUUGUGUGAUCCUGCACUGAAAAUCUGGCCCACCGCCGUGGUUAGAAAACUCGCCGACGGGCGAGGCUUUGUUCAACUGGUACUUUCGGCUUGA